AUGCUCCCCGAUCUCACGGGCUCUGAGCCGACCCCCCGCCUCGAGAGCUGCGAGCGGAGCUGUGCGCUAGCUUUUUCAAGCACUUGUCGUUUGCUACGCUGGCAAAUUGCCCCGUGGAUAUUCGACCAUCUGUAUAACUGGAAUCGCGGGACACAAAACGUCUGGCCCAAGUCUCUUUGGUCCUAUCCUACAAAACUUGAAAUCCGUGAUAGAUCUGUCCGCCAUCCCGCCCAGCUUCUAGUGAAUCACUCUCUAGCUCUUGCAAUAGAGUCCAUGCAACACCUGAGGACAGUCACCAUCCGAUUGGAAACAGCGAUACCCACUUAUUUGCUCGUUGCAUUAUCGAACUGUCGGGCUCUCGCAGACUUGACGCUUCAACAAGCACGGCUGGACGGAGAAGACGUUCCUACUCAACUCGUAUUUCCUGCACUUGAAACACUGAUCAUCCGAUUUGGCGGCAUCUGGGGCGUCCUUCGGGACCCUGCAGCUCCCCAUGACGUGGCUCAAGAACAUCGCAAUGUGCAUCGCUUACUGCAUAUGGUUUCCCCGCGUCUCAAACAUCUAACACUAUCCGGCGACUACAUAAGCUUGUCCUUCACCGAGGUUAUUUGGACGCAGCUCGUUAGCUUCACCGUUACCGAGCACCCUCCACGCCCACACAUCACGGUCCCCGACCUCAUCGUGAAUAUGCCGUAUUUGCGUACCCUGGAGCUGUGUUUCACGCCGAACAACGCCGUUCAGGAGUAUCCCCCAUUUCGCACAGGCUGGCAGGGUCAUAACUGGCCUCCCAAUCUUACGUCAUUAUCGCUGUCCAAUGUUGAUUGGCACGAGGACUCAAUUUUUGCCGCGAUCCCUGGUGGCCUUAAGCAGCUCCGCCUCCUUGCAGAGCACGACUUGUAUGACCGAACUGCGCCACACCGACCAAAUAUAGGAUUUCAGCUGCUCGAGGAAUACCCAGUCAAAGGCUUCGGUCUUCUCACCGUGCUUCCUCGUAUCCCUGACCUGUCUGCGCUGACCAGCCUUUCGGUUACGCUCGGCGAGGAUACUCCAUCGUCAGACCUCCUCUAUGCCAUAGAAAACAAAUGUCCUUCCCUUCGCGAUCUGCAAGUGCGGUAUGUUGCCUCAGAGAGGUGGCGACUUUUAUACACAAUUGACCUGGACAAACUGGACACACGCAGUUUGUUUUUCCUUGCCUUCCGCAAGUUCCAGCACCUCACACAUGUCACAUUCUUCAUUGUCGACCACCCCUUCGACCAUAUCCUCGGUGCUCCAGCCCAUUCGGCGUACAGGUUGCUCAGCGAGGCCCCCCGUCUACAGCUCGUCACGUAUAAGUUUGGUGGAUACUACAAUCUGGGCUCGUUUGCCCCGGUUGUUUAUGCUUGGGAUCGUGCACUGCUUGAUGGACCGCCACCGCCCCGCUCGAUUAGGCACUCCAGCGCCCGGCUUAUCGUCGUGCCAAUGCCAGUGGCAUAA